UUAUAUAAAGUAGCAAAUUAUCGUUCCUGAAUAGGUGGCGCCGUGGUAGCCGAUCCUGUACUUCAACUUCCGGUUUCUGCACUGUGCAACUAUUACAGUUGCAUUUUUAAUUAACGAUGCCAAGUACUUGUUGUUGUGUACCUGGGUGUCAUUUAAGAGGAGGACAUGCAUUUCCAAAUGACUUAAAAAGAAGGAAAAGUUGGAUCAACGCCAUGGCCCAUACGCAGAUUGGACGAGAACACGAUGAAAUCGUGGAGUCCAUCUCAAUCAGCUGUUGUUUGCAAGGCACAUUUUACUGAAAAAGACUACGUGCAGGAAACUAUUCAUGGGCACAAACCCACUAUACAGAGACUUAAGUCUACUGCCAAUCCCAGCCUAUUUUCCUGGACCAAGCAAGAGACUGAAUCGUCCGCAAAAAGAAAAAUCAGGGCAGUUUCCUGUGAAAACAAAAGAACUAAACUUGAUGAAUAUUGUAGUAGAAAUCUAGAGGAAAGUUUUGAUUGUAAAGUUGGUUUUCCUGAAGAAGUAAUUCAUACUGCAGACAGGAUUUAUGACUGUCCACCACCAACUGCCGAGCUAAUGUUGAGCUUCACAGAUGGAAUUACGCAAACACCAUCAAUGCCUAUAUUUUCAGCAGAGAAUUUUGAAAUGAAGACACGUGACACAGCCAUGCAUUUUUACACCGGUUUAGAGUUGUAUACUAAAUUUUUAUUUGUUUUGACCACACUUGGUCCAACAGCACAUUGUUUGAGAUACAUAUAUAUUCAAAUUGAUAGGGUGUCAUUUGAAAAUCAGUUUUUUUAUGACUUUGAUGAAAUUGAUGCAUUAUACAACCAACUUUGAACUGUCUAGAUUCUAGAUUGAAACUAGUGUUAAGAAUAUUGUGUAAACAUGGAUUGUUUUUAUGUCUAAACAGUGGCGUGAGGCUAACACUUGGCCAUUUAGUGGUUUAGUCAGGUAUUUUUCGCCAUCCAACUUCAAAUUAAAGUUUCCUACAACUUGGAUUAUUAUUGACAGCACAGAAUAUCCCGUGAUAAAACCUAAAGCUCCUAGAGCUCAGGCAACCUUUUCAUCAUAUAAAAACAGAAACACUGAAAAUACUUGUAUGUUCGAC